GAGUGAAUCUGUCCAGUUUUGCCUCGCCAACAAUUAGUGAAACUGCAAAAAAUUUGCAAAUUUCGCUGUGACAAUGCAACUUUUGUCUCACGCCUAUUUGGGAUUUUUUUGCACAAUACAUUGGAGCCCAUGGGUGUUUUUUUCUUCACAGCAAAACCUCUCGAAAAAUUGUGCUCAUCACUAAUGACAACCAAUCAGAUGUUUGUUUUUAUUGUCCUACCUUUUUCCGGCUGAAAAAUCCUACUGAGCAUCCUCCUAUUUGGGGAAUUGCGAGAGGGAUCCUGAAACUGAAUGUGAUGCAACCAAGAAUAGUGACUGCCACUUGUGCUAUGCAGCUCUGCAUUUGGAAUGGGGUCUUAGGUAGUCUUUGGUGUGGCUCAGGGUUUUUUUAUUGAAAACUUUACUAUAGAAUAUUGACAGAAUUUAGACUAACACGUCAGAGACACAAAUAUAGACAUUUGUGUCUAUAUAUUCUUGGGCUUAGCGUUAAUGUACCCAUUGAAAGUUAUUGUGUAACCAUAGAGAUUAUUUGUGACAGAUGUCUGACUGGUUACCAUGGGUUGUUCAUAAAUUAAUUCCACUCUAUAAAGUUGUUGAUUUGAUUAUACAGGGGAAGGAUCACACUGAUUCCACUAGUGUUUUCCUUGUGACACUGCCCUAAUUUUCUCUCAUUGUGUCUUUGUGUAAUGGACCAACUUAAUGCAGAGACGUAUCAGGAUGAGGACCCAGGUUGGAUGGUUGCUGAUAGCUGUCUGUGCAUUAGAUAUCUUCACUGGAGCUCAAGAUUUAGAUGUCAUCAUUUGUAACAGAGAAUCUGACUGUCCUGCAAAUUCCUACUGUCAUUCUUCCUACAGUCACUGCUACUGUGAUUCAGGAUUUGAAGGUUCAAUAUACAGAAAACAAUAUAUCUAUCAAAAUGAAAGUUGUGCAGCAUUUGAAAGUUUAUGUGAGUCUUUGCAAGAGCCAAACGAAACUCUAAAUUAUUGUAAUGAAAGGGAUCCCAGCUGCUUUCUUCAGAGGUUGACUUUUGACCUUCUGGAAUCUUCUUGUAAAACUACCACAUUAGGCAUGAAGGGCAGUGUAAAUUCCAUCUCUCAAAUCCUCAGUGACCCUUCUUGGUCCAAUUUCAGCUCUUCUGAAGUUAGUUCUGUUGUAAAUGGGCUCCUAGAGACUGUGGAAUCAUCAGUAUUGAAAUCAUUUUCUAAAAAUCCCAGCAAUAUGAACUUCAACACAUCUGUGAUAGAAAUUGCUACCAAGGUGACCCAAGAAAACUGUUCUUUCCUAACCAUAAAUGUGGGACUCAACAGCAUGAAUGUGCCAUGUAAUCUCCUGCCUGAACCUGAAGAUGGAUCUGUCUUUAUUUCAUACAAGGACCUCAACUCCAGAUUAAGUGGGAAUUUCCUCAAGCGACCAGAGGAUCCUGGAGAAACCCACACUGCGGUGGUGAAUUCACAAGUUGUGACUGGAAGUACCACAAGCCAAAAGAGGGAAAACCUAAAACCCCCAGUCACCUUCUAUCUGAAUAAUCUGCAGGCCCCAGACCCCUACCAUAUAUCCAUGUGUGUAUUCUGGGAUCCUGAGCUGAUUGGAUGGUCACAGAGAGGCUGUAGCAUCAUAUUCUCCAAUGUCUCCCACACCGUGUGCUCCUGCGAUCACCUUUCCACCUUUGCUGUCAUCAUGGCUCCCUGCGAUAUAAAGGAAGACCAUGGGCUUCUUCUGGUUUCACAAAUUGGUCUCAGUGUAUCUUUUCUCUGCCUCUUUCUGUCUCUUCUCACUUUCCUCCUGUGCCGUUCCCUGAAAAGCGCUCACACCUCCAUGUUGAUAGCACUGUGCGGAUGCCUCUUUUUGGGCCAGCUGUUAAUUCUGUUUGGCCUACAUCAAACCCAGUUCACAAUGCUCUGCUCUAUCAUUGCUGGUUGUCUCCACUACAUUCUCCUCUGUGCUUUCUGCUGGAUGACUCUGGAGAGUGUUCUCCUCUUCCUCACUGUGAGAAACCUGAAUGCAAUGAACUACUUGACAUCAAGACGCUCUCACUUCCCAACUGCCUGUCUCAUUGGGUUUGGGGUUCCUGCAGUUAUAGUCACCAUCUCAGCAGCAGUUCGUUCUGAUGGAUAUGGUACAGGGAAAAGUUGUUGGCUCAAUCUAAAUCUCAUCUGGAGUUUCCUUGGUCCAGUUUGCGUGUUCAUCACUAUAAACACCACCCUCCUGAUCUUGACAUUCUGGCUUCUACGAGUGAAGCUAGCAUCUCUGAAUGAAAAUGUUUCAAGUCUUAAGAACAUUCAGAUUUUGACCUUCAAGGCCCUGGCUCAGCUCUUCAUACUUGGAUCUACUUGGGUCAUUGGCUUCUUCCAGUUUGGAACUUGGGCCAUUGUGGCAUCAUAUCUGUUCACCAUCUGCAACAGCCUUCAGGGCGCAUUCAUCUUCCUUGUGCACUGCCUGCUCAAUCGCCAGGUAAGGGAGGAAUAUCGCAAAGUUUUCCGUCGGCUACAUAUUAAGAAGCCAGAGUCAGAGACUGUAUCAGGCAGCACUAUUCCUAUGACCUUGAAAUCAGCAACAGCACCCGAGGUACAGAAAUCAGAUAUUGUCCUAGAUCAUCAGUCUGAAGUGAAAAAAAAGAUUUGUAUGUUUGAAUCAAUGAAUUGUGCCUGAUUGGCAGAGAAUUAAAUUGCCUGAACAUUUUCCACAAACUAUAU